UGCGAGCCAUAGAAAGUACGUUUCAGGCGGCGCUCCAACACCACCUUCGCAUCAUGUGCACUGCGCUCUUUGAGCUCCAAGAGUACGAGACCGACGACGGCCAGCGCCACGUGCGGCUCAUCGUGCUCCACAACCGCGACGAGUGGCUCACGCGGGACACGGCGCCGUGCGCGUGGUGGGCGCCGCCCGAUGGCACCAUCUUUGCCCGUACGCCUUCAUGAUCCUUCUCAUCCAUCAUCCGUGGACUACAUUAGCGCGCGACCUCAUUCGCGGUGGCACCUGGAUGGGCAUUCGCAAGGAGCAUGCCAUAGUCCGCGCCGCCUUCCUCACCAACAUCCGGUACAUGCCGCCGGUGCAUGGCAAACUUAGCCGCGGGAAUGUGAUCAAGGACUUCUUGGAGGGUACGAUGAGCACGGCGAGCUACCUCAAGGAGCUUGAGGCGUCCGGCCACUUGUACCCGGGAUUCAACUUGAUUGUCUUUGACGGCGCGUCGCUCGGCCACCUCUGCAACUUUGUGCACGGCGAGUACGUUACGGAAAGCUCGCUUCUCAAGCCAAACGUCAUCUACGGCAUGUCCAACGGCCCGUUCAGCGCGCCGUGGCCCAAGGUCGUCCAGGCCAAAGAAGCGAUGGCCGCCUGCGACCGGUCGGGGCCGGCCAUGGAGAUUUGCCAUCGGUUGCUGCCCAUCAUGGCCAACUCGCAGCGCAUCCAGAACGAAGACGAGCUGCCAAAGACCGGGCACACGAUCGAGAUGGAGUUCAAACUCUCGAGUUUGUUUGUCGAAACCAAGGAGCCGCAUGUCGACUACUGCACCCGCACGAUGAUCGCCAUGGUGCUCGACUCGAACCCAGCCGAAGACUGCUGCAUUGUGGAGAAGGACUUGGCGCUCGCUACGCACACGUGGAUGACUCGGUCGUUCACACUCUAGACGUGUAGUACAUCGCUCACGAACGAAUAUAAACCAUUUUGCCCAAGAA